UCUGAAUAAUCUUUGGUUUGACUGUAUAUUGUUUUAACACAUUUGUUUUAAACAGUUUUUUUUCAUAUUUUAAAAUUAAAAUACUAAAUAUAUAUUUUAUAUCUCAUUGCAAGUGAAUACGGAGUUUAAGUGAACACUGAUAAUCACAAGAAUUAUCAGUUCAUUCAUAUUCACCAGAUAUAGGAAACGUGCAAUUUUCUAACUUACCCGUGCCCUUUUCCUAGACGUAUAAAUGGCAGAUACAUGGUGGAAUCAUGCCAUCGUUACACACAUUUUGGUGGCCCUGUUUGGAAUGGGCUCAUGGAUCUCUGUGAACUCAUUAUGGGUUGAACUGCCGGUUGUUGUAGGUGUUCUACCUGAAGGGUGGAACUUACCAGCCUAUAUUUCAGUGCUGAUUGCAUUUGGGAAUUUGGGUCCAGUGGCUGUCACUUUAACCCACCACUUUGCUCCAGGACAGCUAAAUGAACGUGUGGUCAUUCACAUCAUACAAGUGCUAGCGGUGGUUGCAGCUGCAUUUCUUGCUCUCUUUUGGUCCCAGGUGGUCACGGUCGCUGGAGAGCCUAGGUCUGUCCCAUUCCUGCUGCUUACUUUUAUACUGUCAUUUGUCUGCUGCACUUCCAAUGUCACCUUCUUACCCUUCAUGUUCCGUUACCCCUCGCAAUACAUCCGGACGUUCUUCGUCGGACAGGGUCUUAGCGCACUCUUUCCCUGUGUAGUUGCUUUGGGGCAGGGUGUAGGGAAACUAGAGUGCGUUAAUACGGCCAAUGGCACAAAACCCCAUUAUCUCAAAGAAAACUUCCCUGCCCAAAACUUCUUCUGGUUCUUGUCCGUGAUGCUGGCGUUUUCGGCCCUCUGUUUUGUGGCUCUGACGUACAGAGUGGUGUCCCAGACUGCAGCAGAGGAAGUCCCGAAGAAUGAGCAGGAAACAGUGAAAACGGAAGAAGAGGCACACCCUUUACAAAAUGGAAGUUCGCCUGUUUCUGAGGAACAAGUUGAAGUUGAAAAACAGGCACCUGUUGUGGCCUUCUGGACGUCACGCAAUGUCUAUCUGCUCCUGUUGUUAGGAAUAUCCAAUGCUCUGACCAACGGCGUGCUGCCGUCAGUACAGAGUUUCUCCUGUCUGCCUUAUGGCACCAUGACCUAUCACCUCUCUGUCGUCUUGGGCAACAUUGCAAACCCUCUGGCCUGCUUUGUGGCUAUGUUUGUCCUACUUAGGUCCAGUGUUGGUCUUGGUAUGAUGUCACUAGGAGGCGGUAUUUUUGCAGCCUAUCUCAUGGCCUUGGCAGCACUUAGCCCCUGCCCACCACUUUUAGGAAGUCAGUCUGGAGUCGCUUUAGUGAUCAUAUCCUGGAUCAUCUUCACUGGCCUGUUCUCUUACCUGAAGGUGAUAGUUGGGACUCUGCUUCAUGAAGCAGGACAUGCAGCUCUUCUCUGGUGUGGAGUCUUCAUCCAGGCUGGCUCUUUUAUCGGAGCCUUUACAAUGUUCCCUUUAGUCAGUGUGUACCAGGUCUUUCAGCGAGCCCAGGACUGCAUCGAUGAAUGCAGUUAAUAAUUCAACGCUUGAGUUUACAUUCACGCCAUGCCUUUAUAUAGCAGGUAUCUCUUCACGUGGGAAUCUACGAUGAAUGGAGAUGGUAAAGCUGAUGCCUUCACAGGACAUUUCAAGUUAAUGUCAAUGCAAACUGAGCUGCUCUUGAUCACAUAGCAAAUCUUUGUGUUACCUGAUGGCACAUUGAGAAUGUGAAGAAUAUGUGGUUGAUACAGUUGAUACACUUUGAAUGUGUGUGUGAACACCUUGAACACCUUAAUCUAGAUGAAUUUGUGGUUGGAAAUCAGAGCAGGCCUGAUUUUAUAAUAGAAUAUCAGCAUGUCAGCAAAUGUUUAGCCCAGAAAUCAAAGUCAGCGAUCUUUUGCUACAAUGUACACUAUGCCCAUGAGUAGACUUAUUCAAUGUUUAAUCCGUGUAGCAUUAUACACAGCAUUUGUUUAUUAGCAAGCUGAUUAUUGUUAAUGAAUGCAAAUCAGGUAAAAAAAUUUUCAAUGACUCUAAGAUUAAACUGUUUUGUUGAGCACAAGCAAAAAAUGUGCAUUGCCACAUUCCAUGUUAAUGGCUUCUUACAUUUGGAUUUAGAUCAAUAGACACACUUGUCUCUCUGCUGAAUAUCUAGUUUUGUUUAUCUGUAAAAAUUUUAAUGUACACAAGUCUAAGUCGACAACAUGUCAAACCUGUAAUAUCUGCCAUGUGUGAUGCUGCCAUGUUUUACCUUUUUGAUUUUAGAUGUGAGGCCAGUAUUUUAAUUAUGAUUAAUCUCAUGAAUUCUCCAGCUGCUGUUAUCACUUAUUUUAUGUAUUAUUAUUUUUUAAAUAAUAAUUCAGAUGCAUUCCUGACAUCUCUAAUGAAAGCCUUUAUUUAAAACCUGUUGUAUUAACAUUGCAUAGUAGUAUUAUCAUGCGGUGGAAACUUUGAAUAGGCUAUACCAAUAUAAAGAAUUUCCCCUCAGGUCUUCAAUGACAUUGGUGCUGAAUGGGCUGAAAAUAUUAUGACAUUAUAGAACUAUCAUAUGCUAUUUUUUU